AUGUUGAUUUCAAAACACCUUGCUGAAGGUCAAGUAAAACUACAAAGCCAGAUACAUCAAGGACUGGGGUAUCCUGUAUACUAUCUAGUGUUUGAAAGUCCGGUUCGGUCCGGUUUUUUGAUGCCCAGGGGCGUUAACCGUAACCGGUCUGCCUUUUCCCCAGAAGUCAAAAGACCAGACCGGACCGCAAAAAGACCGCAGACCGCGGUUUUUUGCGGUCUAUAG